AUGACACAAAAUAAAAUUAUGGAUAUAUAAGAAAUAGUUGCAGAUCCUUAUGAUUGGAAAUUUCCAAAUAGGAGUUAAUUGAUGUAUCUUUAAACUAUAAAUUAAAAAGAUGUAGGAUUUCCUUAAUUUUAAUCCAAAACUUUACACAAUAGAAAUUUUGAUGUUUCAGAUAUCGAUGGUGCAAAAACUGAAGUUAAAGGUUAUAAAUAUUGGCAAAAAGAAACAUUUGUUAAUAGAAUAGAUGAUAUAGACGGAACAUCUCCCAAAAAGACUGUCUAAUAUUAGAAUAAGCCUGAUUAUCAACUAUGUAAUAAAGAUAUUAAAGGUUCAAUACCUUAAAUAAAUAAAUUUUAGACCACAAGAUAAUCAUUUAAUCCAUUAUAACCUGUUUACAAACUUCCUAGUGUUUAAAUAAGAGUUUCUACUCCUCCAAAAUUUAUAAGAGAUAAUAUAUAAAUAGAUGAUAUACAAGGGACUAAACCGAACAGAAGAUGUUUUAAAUAAAGAAACGUUGAUAUAUAUACAGAAAUAGAAGGAUCUAGAUCUAAAAAAUUAUUCAUUCCAAGAGAUCAUAAAGAUUUUUUAGAUGUAAAAGACAUUAAUGAAUUUCUUUAAUUUGAAACAACUAGGCAUACAAACCCUUUAGAACCUACAUAUGUUACUUCUGAUGAAUAAGGUAAAAAAUUUGAAUUUGGUUAGAUAGGAGGUAGUAAAGGUAGAAGAUUACAUCCUUAGGAAUCACGAAAGUAAAUUUUAGUCUAACUACUAAUGAUUUAAAAGGUGGAUGGCAUGGAACUAUUUCUGAAAAAUUUUUAAGAAGAAUUACAAUAAAAUGAAAAACCUAAUUCAUAAAAUGGUUAUUAUCCAAAUAAUCUAAACGAAAAAAAAAGAUCAUCUAUAUAAUCUUAAUAAAGUGUUAUUAGUUAAAAUGAAAAAUAAGGUCAAUUAAAUAAUAUACCUAAGGUUGUUGCAUUUGCAGAU